AAUUUCCAGUGUUUUUUUCUUUUUUCCUUUUUUUUCUUUUAUUUCCUUAUUCUUUGAGGGUAAUAAUCCCUUUUAUAUAAGACAGUUUCUGGUCUCUUGGUCUCCGUUCUUCUCUCAAUUGUCGCAAAAAAAGAAAAAAAGAAAUCCAUGAAAUCAAUGAAAGGAAGAUCUAGGGCGAUUCGGGGAUGUUCUCAAUUGGGAUUGAGGAAGGGGAAGGAGACGAAGGUGUGUGGGUUAACGUCGUUGCCAGAUGAGGUGGUUUUGAACUGCCUGGCUUAUGUAUCGAGAUUGGACCUGGCGGCCUUUGGUAUGACCUCCAAGGCACACCGGUCUCUGGCAACCUCUCCUUGGCUCUGGGACUGUAGAUGUCAGAUGGAUUGCAUCGAGCCAUCUUACUACGUGUGCUUGCACAUAUUUGCUGAACCCAUCCCACGGUGGUUCAUCCUCCACCCGGUUCAACGUCGGCUGAAACCGAUCGACUCGUACGCGUAUCAGUCUCCAGAAUCAGGAUCCUCUUUCGUGGUGUUGGCUUGGGGUAUAUAUAUCAUCGGUGGACUCGUGAACGGCAAACCCACAUCGGAAGUCGCGUUGUUCGAUUGUUUCGAGCAUAGGUGGUACCGCAUCCCGCCCAUGAAGAUGGCUCGUACUUCCGCCUCAGCAAGCAGGAUAGACAACAAGAUAUACGUGUUUGGAGGGUGCGGGGAUGACGUUGAUUCCUCAAACUGGGCAGAGGUAUACGAUAUCGACACCUUAACUUGGGAUUUCUUGUGUGUGCCUACUACUACUCGGCCGAAGAAUAUCAAACAAAGCGUGGUGAUAGGCAAGAAGGAGGUUUACGCAGUGGAUGAGGAUGGUCAAAGCUUCUCCUUCUCCCCAAGCAAACUGUUUGUGUCAUGCGGAAAAACAGAUUCUAAGCCAGGAGAUAGACACGACUGGUGUUUUAUCGGACGAUUCUUAUUUUCCCGUGGUCCCCGCGGGACAAUACUGUGGUGUUUGCCAGACGAGCUGGAUUGGAAGGAAGUCAAGGGUUUGGAAGAGCUGCAACAACAACAGUUGGUUGAAUACGGUAUCAGCAAACUGUCCAAAAAGGCGUCCUACAUUGUCAUCUUCUGGAACGCCCAGCCUCAAGGUGCUGAUAGUUUGGAGCUUUGGUCUGCGGAGAUUUCCCUCAGGAAAGUCGGACCAGAUAUUCGGGGAAAGAUUGAGUGGUCUGGUUCUGUCUACAAACUCGACUACCCUCUCACAGACUCAAAUAGAGUUAAGGUUGUGUAUGCUGGUACUGCCUUUACCUGAUGAUGUUCUUACUCCUUGUUUCAGACUAUAUAUUUAUUGAUAUCAUCUCUGACUCAUUGACGGGGAUCUAAGUUGUUUUUUUUUUCUUUUAAUUUAUAUAUUUUGCAACUGAGUCAGAAGCAAGAUACAUAUCUAUUCUGCUCGUCCCGUUUGUUUGUCGAAGUGUUUUAGAUUCAAAGAUAACAUAGAUUGCAAGAUAUUACUGAUAUUUUCAUUGACAUGCGUGAUUGUAAAAGUC